GGAAAUGAAAACGUGUUUGAUUGCAAACGACAUCCUUCACCAAAAAAAUGGUGGCUCCUAGACCAGGUCAAAAGAGGCGAUCGAUUUCAAAACAAAACGGAAAUGGAAGCUCAGGAUCCACGUCGGAAUAUCCCGAAGAUGACGGCAAUACACAGCUGUCUUACCCUCUAAGCUUUGCCAUGACUGCGAAUGAAGCACGUUCAGUACAAGUCGUGCUCGCUAAGCUGGGAUUCGCACGUCCACCGCCUCCUUUGCGAUCUCGUUCUAAUUCUUCCACCAAUCCUCCCACUCCAAGUGCUUCAUACCCUUCCACACCCAGUUCAGGAUUACCUAGAGGAGCUUCACCGUUUGUGCCAAUGACUGCAUUAACAUCAAUAGGAAACGAUGCAAUCAAACAACCCGGACCAACCGCUCAAACAGCAAUCGCCAACGCUUUUGAGGAUGAUGUUCUGCCUCUUACAACUAGAACAUCCUUGCGAUCAUUCAUGAUUGGUUACCUUAUACAAUCUGCACUACAGGCAAUCCUACCUGGCCUUUUACGACGUAAAUCUCCUGGAGAAGCAAUCAAAGCACUCUUUUCUGCAACUGCCGCCAAGACUGGCUUCGCUUUCGCUUUGUUCACCUUUUUAUAUCGGAACAUAAACUACUUUCUUACAUUCGUUCGGAUUAAGGCAUUGUCUUCAUUGCCAUCUUUGUCGCCUUCCUCUUUACCGGAAGCUUCCCAUCGAACUCGAUUCUUGGCAAAAGUCGUUCGUACAGCUCAUGGUGAUGGAAUCGUUCCUUUUCUCUCUGCAUUGGCCGCCUCACCUGCUCUAUACCUUUUACCUUCUCAAGUAGCAUCAAGACCUGGAGCGGCCACUUUCCCUCGAAAAACGUUUGCAUUGGAUUUGUUCACAAAAGGAUUAUAUUUCCACGUAGAUGCCUUGCAUCGUAGACGAUCUUCUUUGGUAUCAUGGAUACCGGAAUGGUGUGAUACAGCAUUGCUGUAUGCUAUCGGUAAUGGUCAACUGCUGUGGGCUUUCCUAUUCGAGCCGGAUUGUUUCCCGAAAUCAUACGGUGAUUUUAUCCUUGCACGUUCAACUUCGUACGUUCCUGCAAAACCGAAAGACCUCCCUGCUUCGAUGGCAUGGCCAACCAAAAGAGAGAUUGCCGAUCAUGUUGCAUUGUUAAGCACGCCAAAGAAAAAUCAAACACCUUUCCCCGGAUUCACUUCACCGUCAUUGGCUGCUCUCAACCCUUCCGCCGGUCCAACAACACCUUUUUCCAAAAUCAACCCCGUGCUGGACUGGUCGCCCGCUCAUCCGGCUCAUUCUCGUUUAUUGUGUGCCAUGCUUCAUCCUACCGAGCCAUCUUGCCGUACAAACUACCUAAACUACUGGGCAACGGAAUGGAAGCAAAGUGCAAAGUUCGUCGGUGCAAUCACGGCUGUUUUUAAUCUGUUCAAGCUAAAAAGCUGGAAACGUGAUCCAGAAGGAUCUCUGUUUCGUUUCGUUAUGAGCGUUUGUCAAGGUGCAACGGUGAUCAGUGGUAGUAUUGCAACUGCUUGGGCAUUCACUUGUCUUUUUCAACAAUAUUUCCCCAAAAAUUUCAUGCCAAGAUCAAGAUUUUUCUUGAACGGUUUCUUAUCAUCUAUCUUCAUUUACGCCGUUCCAGCAGCAAGAAGGGCUCAAUUGGGCGUUUAUGUAGGUCGUCUUUCACUCGAUAGUUCAUGGCAAAUCUUAGCAAAACAAGGCAAAGUGAAAAGCGUGAGAAAUGGUGAUGUGGCCCUUUUGGCUUUGGGAUUAGCAAUGUUAUCUUCUCUCAAUGAAGAUUCUCCUUAUAUCUUAUCUGGAUACGUUCGAAGGAUCUUACGUAUGCUCACUGGUCCAAGAUUAACAGGCACUUCUGCUGUCAUGGCAGGUCUGCCUCUCAAACCUGUCGAAAAUACCUCCAACCAAGUCUGGUCAUCAUCCUCCCCAUCAUCAGAAGCCGUCAAUGCAAAAGACUUGGACUCAAAACUACGCAAUCGCUUCUGAGUCUAUUCUGUGUACGUAAACAGCCUUUCCUUUCGGAGAAGGUCAAUUGAUUUUUGCAUGAGCUGUCAUUAGAGA